AAACAAAUAAUGGUAUAGCAAGUUUCAAGAAUUUUCUCAAACUAGUAAGUUUAUGAUUUAAUAAAUCAAGUAUUAAUAAUUGCAUAGUUGAUAUUGGGAAAUGUGAUGUUAUAGAUAAAUAAAAAUAAAAAACAAACUAUGGAGGGGGAGAAUCUAGAUUAACUUAUGAACUGGCCAACUCAAACUACCUCGUUGAAGACCUAGCAAUAUGUUUUUGAUAUUUUUCAUUACCAGAUGAAUCUCCGAACUAAGUCAAAUUCAUUGAAAAUCAGCUAGAGUUUGCAUUCUAUGACACGCCGGGAAAGACCAGAAAUAAAAAUCAAAUUUAUAUAUAAUGACAAUAGGCACGCGUUUACGAGAUAUUUAUUUUGCUUGUCGCGGGUUCCACUAUCUGAUUUGCUACAACAGUGAUUUUCAUGUGAGUGUGUAGAAGAAUUAAUUUCAAUUAUCUCCUAGUCUGUGUUAAAAAUAAACUAGUUUAUCGCAAGCUUCUAAGACUCUAUAACGCCUAAAAGGUUAUCCACGCAUUUUUAUUAUCUAAUCUGUUGUAAACAAAUUGUGUUUAUAAUAAGCUCGAAUUUUAUGGGGUAGGAGAAGAGAAACUAUAGACAUAGACAUAAUAUAUGCCUUAGACCAUGUCGUGAAAGUCUUAAGGUAGACUUUUUGCUUUAUUUAAUUACACUUCCCCGUUGAGUCAGUGAGUCAGUUGAGAGCGCACUGCAGUAGUGCCAAGAGCUGCGCGACAGUGUGUGUAGCGGCUGCGCAGAAUGGGUGCCAGGCCCAAGAAUCGUAUGGUACCGACGAGUUAUAAGGCAAAGGUUCAAUCGAAAAAUGGAGAUCAAGAAAGUGUUCUUUCCGCUGAGAUAUCUUUAACUCCAUCUACAUCUACUAUAAGAGAGUGCAAUGGAAACAACACCAUACUUCCAUUAAAUUAUGGAUUGGCUCUACAUCGACUGUUCACCUUUCCACUUGAUUUUCUGAAGAAAUAUUGCGACCCUCGCGUACCAGCAGAACUGGGACUCUUUUAUAACGAAAAGCGUGCAUUGCUAUGUUGCAAUUUUUGCGAAUUUAGCAUCAGCCCUGAAAAAUUCGUGGCAUCACCUGAAAGUGAGAAAAAGAUGAUAAAAGAAAUGCAAGAAAACUGGAAUUGCAAAAUUGAUGCUCCUGAUUCAAAAAAUGUGCCCAUGGGAAAUGUCGAUAGCGUGUUGAAUUAUAAGUUUGAAGCUCAUCGCCUUUACUCGUUGCUAAAGAAAAAUGACUGGUCACAUGUUAAACCGGUUGAUUUGGCAAGAAGCGGAUUUUACUACACAGGAGAUAGUGACAACGUCAGAUGUGCUUUUUGCAACCUGGAAGUCCGUGGAUGGGAAAAAGGAGAUACGCCUGAUGGAGAGCAUAAGAAGUGGAACCCCAAAUGCCCUUUAUUGUGCGAACAGUCAAUUGCCAUCAACAUUGCGAUAGGAAGCGAACAAAUUGUUGGACAACACGAAGGUAUUGCCAGAACUAAAAUUGGCAUCAACCCUUUUGUCGUGCCUGAAGUACUGAAAAAAUACGGAGGCAACAUUAGUUUUGUAAAGAAAAGUAAUGUUUUCCUUGUGACGCCUCAGGACUUGAAUAUUCACGAGUGGUCCCCACCUUUGAACUCGAACUUCGCAACACUGAAUAGUCGGCUCGAGUCUUUCAAGGAUUACUGGCCGAGAGGUCUCAGUCAGAAACCACUUGAGUUGGCGCGCGCUGGUUUCUUUUAUACUGGAAGUGGAGACCGGACAAUUUGCUUCCACUGUAAUUUGGGACUUAAAGAUUGGUCCCCGAACGACGAUCCUUUCACUCAACAUUGUGUAUGGAACCCCAGCUGCCAAUACAUGUUGAUGUGCAAAGACCCGAACUUUGUCGGAGAAGUGUUGCAUCGUAACCAAAACACGCGAAACUGUAAGCCACGUUCAAUAAGGGGACAUGGUAACGGCGAUAUGGCCUGCCUAAAGUGCAGAACAGAUAUUGUAUCCAAAGUAAAUCUGCCGUGUGGUCAUAUGACUCAUUGUAGUGAGUGCAGUGACAAUCAUUGCGCAGUGUGUACACAAGAAAUUGUCGCACAAAUCAAAGUUCCUGGCUUUUCUGCCUGUUAAAUUAACUGAGACAAACCACACAAAGGUUGAAAUAUGUACUGCAUACUAUGGCAAAGUAAUCUGGUUAAAUACAGAAAAUCACGUUUGUGCUCUCGGCACUUUGAGUGAUGUAUGUUCAACUCUUCUCACUAUUGUAAAAAUUGCAAGUUUGAUCUCAUCAUGUAUACUAAAAUUUAUGUAUUUUGUUAUUAUUUAAUAAAUUAAAAAUAAAACAUAAUAUAUCAGUAUAUUAUAUGUUUACAAAUUUUUAAGCUCUCCUCCGACCUCCAUCAAUGCCCUAUUAUUAUUUAAGAAUUAUAUUUUUUGAACGUAGCACCAUAUCCGUUAUAAAAAUUGUAUUUUUUAUUAAGUUGCAAUGUUGCAAUUUUUUUCGGACAAAUUUUUCGUGAUCAAGGACGAAUGUUUUGCUAUUGCUAAAAAAACGGCUGUAUAUGCAUCGACAAGACAGGACCGUGCGAUUUGCGAUAACACGCAAUUUGGGCUUGACAAAUAAUCUCUUAAAAAUGCACAAAUUUUUGUGCUUCCUUGUGAUGUGCAUCAAAGGACACAUCCACUCAAAUAAUUUCUUUCAAUAAAAUAAUAAUAAUUCAUAUUUUUUGUUGAAAAAUUUU